GGAUCUAUUCAUCUUCUUCUCCUAACUACUCAACCAUGUCUCAAGUAUUCAGUGAUAAUAUACUCUAUUACAAUCCUAUCUCUGUGUUCUCUAAUGUAGCUGUCCUGUUGCUAUGUGAAAAGGGUAUCCAGGAUCAGUUUGAAUUCAAGCCUCUUCAGAUGGGUAUUGACAACAAUGCACCUUGGUACAUCAAAUUGAACCCAAAGGGACAAGUACCUACCUUGAUUCAUUUAGGAAAACCUAUUCCUGAUUCUCUUGCCAUCGCACGUCAUUUGGAUACAUGCUUCGGACCCACACCGGUGUUCUCGGCGGAUGAUCCAAACGUAUUAAAGGUGGUGGAGCAAUGGAGACAGGUGCGCGUAUUAUCUUUGGUGGCUGGCAAAAAAAGCAGCACACAGGAUACGACUGGAAUUGAAGCCAAUUUAAACCAAUCCCGUCAACAGUUAUUAAAGUCUAUGGAGGAAGAACCCACCUUAAAAGAAAAGUAUCUCGUUCGUCUGGAUGUGCAUGACGACCGAGCGGAUCUGCUGUUGAAUCAUUCGACUUAUUUGAAGCACAAGGCUGGAUUGGAAAGCUUGUUGUGUGACACAGAGCGUACUUUGAAGGAAAACGACGGAUGCUUGGUGCGCAAUCAUUCACAUACACUGGCCGAUGUGUAUGUCACCGCCAUUCUUUAUUGGUUAAUGGGUAAAUUGGACAAAGACAUCUUAAAGGACAAGCCCGCUUUAAAGGAUUAUUAUUUAAAACAAACAGCCAGACCUAGUUUUGCUAAGGCGUUCUUUAAUUAAAAUAAAUAAAAAAAUGGGGUUUUUUUUUUUUAAAAUAA